GAGGGGCGGCGGCGGCGGCAGCCCCGCGGCUGCGGCUGGGUGCGAAGCGGCGGGGCCAUGGAGAGCGGCGGGGCCCUGGGGGGCGGCGGGGCAAUGAACGGCUCCGCCGCCGCCGCCGCCUCCGGGCGCUUCGCCCCCGGCGGUACGGCGGCGCUGGGAGCGCUCAUGGCGCUGCUGAUCGCUGUCACCGUGGCCGGUAACGCGCUGGUGAUGCUGGCCUUCGUGGCGGACUCCAGCCUGCGAACCCAGAAUAACUUCUUCCUGCUCAACCUGGCCAUCUCGGAUUUCCUAGUGGGUGCCUUCUGCAUUCCCCUGUACGUGCCCUAUGUGCUGACGGGGAGAUGGAUCUUCGGGAGAAGCCUCUGCAAACUCUGGCUGGUGGUUGAUUACCUGCUCUGCACCUCCUCGGUCUUCAACAUCGUGCUGAUCAGCUAUGACAGAUUCCUCUCGGUGACAAGAGCGGUCGCCUACAGAGCCCAGCAAGGCAACACCAAGCGAGCGGUGCUGAAGAUGGUGAUGGUGUGGGUGUUAGCCUUCCUGCUUUACGGACCUGCCAUCAUCAGCUGGGAGUAUAUCUCGGGCCAGAGCAUCAUACCCACCGGGGAAUGCUACGCUGAAUUUUUCUACAACUGGUAUUUUCUCAUGACAGCCUCCACGCUGGAGUUUUUCACCCCUUUCAUCAGCGUAAUGUUUUUCAACCUGAGCAUUUACCUGAACAUACAGAAGCGCACCAAACUACGCCUGGAUGUUUUCCAUGAAGUGCACAACCAAUCCUUCACUGAAGAGAUGGAAAUGAGCCCAGAAGCCAAGCUUUCUUUGAAAUGCUGUAAGUGGGAGCAGCAGAAGGAGCCCGCUGAAACCCUCGACCUCUCUAAGAGCAAAGCACAAGCAGUAGCCUCCACUGCCAGCCUUGGUGCAAAAGAUCUGCAGACGCCCAGCUCAGGGAGCUCUGAGAAACCCAAGUGUUGCCACAAAAAGAGCUGUAAAAAUUCAGCGUGCACUCUGUCCUUAGAGAAGCGGAUGAAGAUAGUUUCCCAGAGCAUGACUCAACGCUUCAGGCUCUCUAGAGACAAGAGAGUGGCCAAAUCACUGGCAAUCAUUGUAGGCAUUUUUGGAAUUUGCUGGGCACCAUACACCCUCCUCAUGAUUAUCCGUGCCGGCUGCCAUGGCCACUGCAUCUCUGAUUACUGGUAUGAGACUUCCUUCUGGCUGCUGUGGAUCAACUCAGCUGUCAACCCUGUCCUAUACCCUCUCUGUCACUACAGCUUCAGAAGAGCUUUUAUUAAACUCCUCUGCCCGAAGAAGCUAAAGAUCCAACCUCACGAUCCUCUCCAGAACUGCUGGAAGUAAAGCUAGCUCUGUGUGUGGAUGAGAAAAGCCUUCUGUAACACAGGUUUUUAUAAAAGAACAGUACUGUAGCUUGCUUCCUUGGAAGAAGCUGGGGCCACUGGUCUGGCACAUGUGAGGAAGGCAGCAGUGAGAUCACUGUUAAAUAACUCUAGUUCAUCACCAACAGAAACAAACAGAAUAGAAGGGUAAGGCGGUUGGUUUUUUUAUUUUUUUUUUUUUUACAUUAAUCACGGACAGUGAAAUAAAUCUGUGUCCUGCACCUGCACAAAAGAGCACAGAAGAGCUCUGCUGCCACCUAGUCAGCCUGCGUGGCAACAACGUUUUGUUAAAAUAAGUAACCUGAAACCACUGGACUAAACUUCAGUUUACACUUAGGAUAUUACAUGAUUAUACGGAAAGAAUGGACCUCAGAAAGAAAACCACCUCAUUAAUCAUUGCUACUACAGCAGCUUCAGCCAUAAGCUGGGUCCCCACUGCACGUGGUGCUGCAAUAGAUGUCCCUUCCACUCCCCAAGAAGGGACAAAUCUCUGCCACGAAGAGCUUAUGGAUGGACUUAGGGGCACCAGGUAUCCUGAAACAUCCUGUUGGCAUUCCCUGCUUCAAAACGGAUCUGAUUCCCUUUGCGUCCAGCCGCACACCAGCCCUUACUCCCAUGAUACGUGGGUGCGCUUCUCUCCUGCCCUUUGCCAAAGCUUCCUCUCCUCUCUCAGAAGCUGUCCUUUCUCAGGCACUGCCCUGUGUCCUGCAGCAGCUGUCUGCCUUUCCCCCUUUUGACUUUUGUCAGCUGCUGGACCGGCUGUGCCGUGCACCAGGUGGAUCAGCAGCACAGCACCACAAGGUGAGCGGCAUCCAGUCCAAGGGCGUGCAGCAGGAGCAACAAGCACAGUCACUGGCCCUGCAGGAUGGUGGGAACCCUGACAGCCUCGAAGAACAGGGCUGCUGUGCCUACAGGAAAGGCGUCAGCAGGGUUUCAGCUUCUCCACGGGCUCUCCCUCAGACUCCUAAGUCUCAUCUGCAGAACCUCCUAUUUACUCUUCCAGCGAUGCGUUACCAAUGACAAGUACUGGGAGAAGUGAAGUUUGCAUUCCAUUUUUUAAGGUAGUUUCAGACCUCCUAACUUCAGCAAGCUCUCCAGAACUCUCACAUGCUGUCUUUUAAAGCACAUUAUUUUGAACAGAGACCCUGGUCAAGCUGUUCCAAGCAACAUAAAUAUCUUUUUACUAUUAUUUAUUUUUAAAGCAGUCAACUAAUUCCACAGAUAAAGCACCAGAUUCAAGAGACCAGGGAUCUAUUCUCAGUCUUAACAGGAGAUCUGGGGCAUUUUAUCUCUGCUUCCCAUCUCACACUUUAUCAUGCUUGCCCAUGCAGUCUAUAACCUCUUUGGGAACAGAGCCAGAAUGACCAUAAAGUGAAAGACUAACUCCCGAUCUCUGCUGGCAUUGUUCAGUGCUAUAGUAAUACAAAUACAUAAUUAGUUGCCAUGGCAAACACUCAUAUUUAACAGUAUUGUACAAGGAAGCUCAAAAUUGUAAGUCUGAAAACUACAUUUAUAAAUGGAAACCCAAAUGCCGUAAAGUAGAACCCAAAAGCUUCUGAUGUUGUGAUUGCCCAUUACACUUGGCUACUGUGAGCAAACUGUUUCUUGGCUGUUGCUAGGAAUAAAGUAAAUCACUACUCAACUUUUUUCCAGUGACAUUUGCUGAGUAGAUCAAUAUUGUUGUCUGAAGUCAGGUUUUAAAUGAAGUCUUGUUUUGUAUUUAUAGUUCAGUCUUGUGACAUGUUCAGUCAGACCGUUAUGUAUGAAUUCAAAUAUAUGCUUUGAAGUGAGUGUGCUAAGAACUGCCAGUACGCACUGUUGAGCCUGCUUGUACCUUUCCUUGUGUCUGCUACCUUCUGAGAACCCCAAUAAAGUAUUUUUCUACAAAACUUGCCAAA